GAUUUCGGUGUAACCCCUGUUACCCAGACCUGUAGUAGCGGUAAUGCGCCUGCAAGGUGAUUCGCCAACAGCCGAUAAACACCAAAGAAGAAGCGGAUGUUCUCCAGCUGCUUGAUGCGAAAGGCGUUUUGUGGGAGCCUGAGGUUUGCACUGACGCACAGCACAGAAUGUCUGCAGCUGUGAGAAAUCCUUAUCAACAUAUAGUUGAGCCUCUGGACCUCAAUGACCCGAAGCAGCAGUUUUACAAUCUUUCCAAACUUGGGGAUCCCAGAUAUGCCCGCCUGCCGUUCUCAAUACGGGUCCUUCUGGAGUCUGCUGUCAGGAACUGUGAUGAGUUUCUGGUGAAGCGCUCAGAUGUGGAAAGCAUCCUCAACUGGAAGCAGACCCAAACUCAAACUGUGGAGGUGCCAUUCAGACCUGCUCGCGUCAUCCUUCAGGACUUCACUGGUGUCCCUGCUGUGGUGGACUUUGCUGCCAUGCGGGAUGCGGUGAUGAAACUCGGUGGUGACCCAGAAAAGAUUAAUCCUGUUUGCCCCGCUGACCUCGUCAUCGAUCACUCCAUCCAGGUGGACUUUAACAGGAAGUCUGACAGCCUUCACAAAAACCAAGACUUGGAAUUUGAUCGCAACCGAGAGAGAUUUCAGUUCUUAAAGUGGGGCUCAAAUGCAUUUAAGAACAUGCGCAUCAUCCCUCCUGGUUCGGGGAUUGUUCACCAAGUGAAUCUGGAGUACCUGGCCAGAGUGGUCUUUAACCAGGAUGGGUUCUUCUACCCAGAUAGCCUGGUGGGCACCGACUCCCACACAACCAUGAUCGAUGGACUGGGAGUGCUGGGCUGGGGUGUGGGUGGGAUUGAGGCAGAGGCCGUAAUGCUCGGUCAGCCAAUAAGCAUGGUGCUGCCUGAGGUGGUGGGGUACAAGCUGUCUGGGAAACCAGACAAGUUCAUCACCUCCACAGAUAUUGUCCUCACCAUUACCAAGCACCUCCGUCAGGUGGGUGUCGUGGGGAAGUUUGUGGAGUUCUUUGGCCCAGGCGUUGCUCAGCUGUCCAUCGCUGACAGAGCCACCAUUGCCAACAUGUGUCCGGAGUACGGAGCCACAGCAGCCUUUUUUCCCGUGGAUGACGUCUGCAUCCAGUACCUGAAGCAGACCGGGCGAGAAGCAGAAAAACAGGCGUACAUCACUAAGUACCUGAAAGCAGUGGCCAUGUUCAGAGACUACACGGAUGUCGCUCAGGAUCCAGAUUUCACUACGGUGGUGGAGCUGGAUCUGACUACAGUUGUCCCGUGCUGCAGUGGCCCCAAAAGACCUCAAGACAGAAUUGCUGUGUCUGACAUGAAAACAGACUUUGAAGCCUGUCUAGGAGCAAAGCAAGGUUUUAAGGGAUUCCAGAUGGCCCAAACGAGUCACAACACUGUGGUCCCCUUCCACUUUAACGGAAACGAGUAUUCAUUGAGCCACGGCUCCAUAGUCAUCGCUGCCAUCACUAGUUGCACCAACACAAGCAACCCAUCUGUCAUGCUUGGAGCAGGGCUACUUGCAAAAAAAGCAAUAGAGUGUGGCUUAAGCGUGAAGCCAUACAUAAAGACCAGCCUGUCACCUGGCAGUGGAGUGGUCACCUCCUACCUAAAGGAGAGCGGAGUUAUGGACUACCUCUGUCAGCUGGGCUUUGAGGUUGUUGGCUACGGCUGUAUGACCUGUAUAGGAAACAGUGGGCCUCUCCCAGUGCCGGUCGUGGAUGCCAUAACACAGGGAGAUCUGGUUGCUGCAGGGAUCCUUUCAGGGAAUCGAAACUUUGAAGGCAGAGUCCACCCCAACACCAGAGCCAACUACCUGGCGUCUCCUCCGCUUGUCAUCGCCUACGCAAUUGCCGGCACCGUGAAGAUAGACUUUGAGAACGAACCCAUUGCCGUUAACUGUGAAGGCAGAGCGAUUUUCCUAAGAGAUAUCUGGCCCACACGGGAGGAGAUCCAGGCUGUGGAGAGGACGUUUGUCAUCCCAUCUAUGUUCAAAGAAGUCUAUGAGAAGAUUGAUAAAGUAAAUGAACGCUGGAACGCUCUAGAUGCUCCCUCAGACAUGCUGUAUACCUGGGAUCCUAAAUCAACCUAUAUCAAGUCCCCACCGUUCUUCGAUGGUUUGACCAAGAAGUUGGAGCCACCCAAGUCCAUCCAUGACGCCUACGUGUUGCUGAACCUAGGAGACUCGGUCACCACUGACCACAUUUCUCCUGCAGGAAACAUUGCCAGGAACAGUUCUGCAGCACGCUAUCUCACCAACAGAGGUCUGAGCCCUCGGGACUACAACUCGUAUGGCUCACGCCGAGGUAACGACGCCGUCAUGGCCAGAGGGACGUUUGCCAACAUCCGCCUCUUUAAUAAGUUCAUCAACAAGCAGGCGCCACAAACCAUACACCUGCCAACCGGAGAGACGCUGGAUGUGUUUGAUGCUGCAGAGAGAUACCAGCAGGCCGGGAUCCCUCUGAUGAUUCUAGCAGGGAAGGAGUACGGCUCGGGCAGCUCCAGAGACUGGGCUGCAAAGGGCCCCUUUCUGCUGGGUAUUAAGGCAGUGUUGGCCGAGAGCUAUGAGCGAAUCCACCGCAGUAACCUGGUUGGGAUGGGAGUGAUUCCUCUGGAGUAUCUGGCAGGAGACACGGCGGACAGCCUGGGAUUGAGUGGCCGAGAACGCUACACCAUCAUAAUGCCCGAGCAACUCACGCCCCGGAUGAUCGUGGAUGUUAAGCUGGACACGGGGAAAACAUUCCAAGCCAGGAUGAGAUUUGACACCGAUGUGGAGCUGGCGUAUUUCCACCACGGCGGCAUCCUUAACUACAUGAUCCGCAAGAUGUCCUAAAACUAACACGCCAGUCAUUUUCUAAUUGUCAGCCAUGGUCCAACAUGUGAGUUCAGGUUUUGGUUGACACAUGAAUAGCGUUCCAAAAUAACUAAUUAGAUAGUUAAUUAAAGAUGAUUUAAAACCGAAAACACAACAAUGCUAUGGCAACUUCACAUCAACCAGAUGAAAAUAUUUUGUUGCGUUGCCACAAAGUUUCACUGUGAUCAUGCAGGGAGAUAAUUGAUUUCUUUCAAAUGUGCCUUUUUUUAUUGUGUCUGUUCACAUUCCUGCCAAUGGAUGUUCUUUAUUGCACUGAUCAAUAGGUGACAGUAAUGAGCUAAGAUUUGCCGCAAUGCGCCAACAGUGGUAGACAAAGCUUCACAUAAAAUUCACAUAAACCCAUUUUUGGCAAUCCUUUUCAAAUGAAUUACAAUUUUUCCAUUGUUUUGCAACAAUAAGCUUAAUCAUGAUACAAAAUCAAAAUGAAAUUUUGCAUCUAUUACAUCCAUUCUGUCAACAUUAUUUCUUAAAACAGGACGUCACAUAGGACACUAUACAAUGCUAAUCGCUUCUACCCUUCUCUCUGGUUGAUCAGCCAUAAACUUCUGCAAAGUCCAAAGUUAGGGUUGGUCUUCACAUCUUGGGGAGAUUAAAUCAAACGGACAAGAAAAGAAAUGUGAUUUGGGACUUGGCUGAGAAGGAACUUCUUUAUAGACUUCAAGUCUCACACUUGCUGUUAGUGUGCCAAUUGUUAAGUUUUGCCGUUGUGUCUGGCUAUCUACGCCUGAUGUGAACAAAGCAGCUAAAAAAAAACAUGACAUACGCUAGCCAGUCAAAAGUUUGGACAAAUUUUUGUCAUUUAAUUUAAUGAGGAUGUGUGUCCAAACUUUUGAAUGGUACUAUACUUAUAAACCAAGUAGAUUGAAGUUGGUAGACAGCUCUAGAAGAGCUACAGCCUGGACCAUGUAGUUCUCCAGCUAAACAUAGCGUAGUGAAGUACUGUCCUAAAUCCAUGGUUCAACAUGUGCUUCAGCUGUUUUUAGAUCGUCGGCACAUUUAUCAUUCAUUUUUGCCGGUCUGAAAUUACUGUGAAGAACUGCCUGAAUAACUUUCUUUAUUGUAUCUUCUUGCCCUUUCAUUCUUCAACACUAAUCAGUUUUAUUUGGAAGACUGACCAAACCCAUACACUGAAUGCAUUAAAAAAAAUAUUACUGAAAAACAGAAUAAAAUGUAUUUAUUUUCCGGUUAUUUCCAUCAACAUUCUCAGUUUUUAGUUCUAUUUUACUUUUCUACAAUUUUACUUCUUUAUAGACCGGUCCUUCAAGUCAAAUUUUUGAACACAACAGCCAACUUUGUUCGCAAUAGACUUUUGUGGCUUACCCUUGUGGAGUGUGUCAAUGGCAGUCUUCUGGACAACUGUCAAGUCAGCAGAUUGUGCGGCCUGAGAGACCAUUAGAAGGCUCAGGAAACCCUCCUUGGCUGAUUAGAGUGUGACACGAUGAGUCUACAAUAUUCAACUUGUUCACAUCGAAUUUUUCUUAUUUCUCUGUGUGUGUGUUUGUGUGUGUAAAUAAGUUUCAGUUUUACAUUGAAUUACUGAAAUAACCUUUCAAUGAUAUUAUAAUUCAUUUAGCUGCACCUGUACAUAGAUCUAAAUUCAGUUUUGAAUUUGCCUCAAAAAGUUUAAACGACUUAGAAUCAGAAUACAUGGUGUACUACUUUAUAACUAAAUGCAACAGCUCCAAGAAUAUUAAUUCACAAAAUGUAAACAAUAGUGUCCUAAUUUUAAAAAUCAGCUUCAUUUUCCUGAAACAAGACUACAAUUUUACAGGCACCUGCAUGAUGAUGCCACUAAAAUGGGAGCGGAGGAACUUUGUGUCAUCCUUCUGCACCCACCUUCUUCAUUCAUUCUCAAUCCCUCUGGACCAGGGGUGGGCAUUGUACGGCCCGUGGGCCACAUCCGACUCUUUGGCCCGUGUGAGGUUGAUUAGAAAUUACAAAGUAAAUAUUUUUUUCUAAUUUUACCUGAUGGAAUUUUACCUAAAGGUGCAGUGCUUUUGUUUUGAAGUGUUUCGUUCACGUAAUGACGCAACACGUCCAUUGAAUACGCGUGCAUGAUUGAUGAUUGCGUAAGUUUACGCACAGUCACAACUCACAACACACUCAAAAUUGUUUGCUCAUGCUAUAAAAAGAAAGGUAGACAUCGAAUGCAGGGUUUUCAACAAAAAAUGGACUGCUAAGUAUUUAUUUACUGAAGUCGAAGAUAAAGCCGUGUGUUUAGUUUGCAGAAAGCAUAUCGCUAUAUUUAAGGAUUUCAAUUUGAAUCGGCAUUACGAGAAGCAAGUAGAGAACAAAGGCUUGACCGAUGCUGAAAAGGCAAGUCAUACGUAACUGAGCAAAGAGAGCGAGGGGGGUGGGGAUAUUACCAACUCACCCAUUUUAGAAUCACAUUCUGUUAACUUGUUAGAAUGUCUUUUUUUGCACUCUUACUAAAUUCUACAAGGCAAAUAAAUUAAGUUAAAACUUUUUCCUUGGCCCCAUUUGCCUUUGUAAGAAAAUGUUCUAUUUUGUCUUUAUUAUUUUGUCAGAAUGCACCCGAAUGCUUCGUUUGUAUGUGGAAAAAAAAGCUUUAUUUAGCCCCCCCUACAAUAAAAUUCACCAGCCGCCACUGGGUUGUAGUAAUGUUUAAAAUGUUUUAUUGGAUGAUCUGCACUAAAAUCAUCUAUCUCUUUUUUUAGGGCCUGAGCCGACUGAAUAUUGUCAAGUUCAUUUGUAAAGUUGUUCCUUCAAUUAAAAACAACUAGAUUGA